GCGCCCAGAUGCGGCGGCGGCGGCGGCGGCGGCGGCGGCGCGAAGCUAGGGCGGUCGCAGAGGAGCCGCUGGAGGCGCCGGGAGACCAUCCGCCAGGAGUCGCGCCACAGGUUUCCAUCCUCGCCCGGCGCCCAGCGCGGCACGGGCGCCCACUGGAGAGGGCUUCUCGGUUCGCACGCGCCGUCCCGUUCCUGCAGGUCCAGACUUUUUCCCGGACUCCCUCCCGGCUAGCUGUGGCGCACUAGCCCCCUUCAGGCUGUGUUCACGCCGCCAACCCCAGUCCUCUCCCUGGGAUCCAACUGAAGCCGGAGCCUCAGCUCCCAGCCCCCGCCCACCCCAGCGUGGGAGCAGACAAGCCUCUCGGGCUGGCAUAAUGAAGGACCGGCUAGUAGAAUUUGUGGAGUUAACCAAGCGGUAUGAACAGCAGUUCCCAGACAAGGACAAUGAAUUUGACUCGCCCCCCGAGGAUAUCGUGUUCGAGACGGACCACAUCCUGGAAUCCUUGUACCGAGACAUCCAGGACCUUCAGGAGGAAAACCAGCAGCUGACUGCCGACGUGAAGCGGCUGGGAAAGCAGAACACCCGCUUCCUCACGUCCAUGCGGCGCCUCAGCAGCAUCAAGCGCGACACCAACUCGAUCGCCAAGGACAUCAAGGCCCGGGGCGAGAGCAUCCACCGCAAGCUGAGCGCCAUGAAGGCGCUGAGCGAGGACGCCGAGGCCCAGCACGGCGCGCACUCGGCCGUGGCGCGCAUCGCGCGCGCACAGUACAGCGCUCUCACCCGCCCCUUCCAGGCCGCCAUGCACGAGUACAACCAGGCCGAGAUGAAGCAGCGCGAAAACUGCAAGAUCCGCAUCCAGCGCCAGCUGGAGAUCAUGGGCAAGGACGUGUCGGGCGACCAGAUCGAGGACAUGUUCGAACAAGGCAAGUGGGACGUGUUCUCCGAGAACCUGCUGGCUGACGUGAAGGGCGCGCGGGCGGCCCUCAACGAGAUCGAGAGCCGCCACCGCGAGAUGCUGCGGCUGGAGAGCCGCAUCCGCGACCUGCACGACCUCUUCCUGCAGAUGGCCAUGCUGGUGGAGCAGCAGGCGGACACCCUGGACGUCAUCGAGCUCAACGUGCAGAAGACCCUCGACUACACCGGCCAGGCCAAGGUGCAGGUGAGCAAGGCCGUGCGGUACAAGAAGAAGAACCCCUGCCGGACCGUCUGCUGCUUCUGCUGCCCCUGCCUCAACUAGCAGGCGGGCUCGGGCCGCCACACCCCAUCCCCGACCGGAAUGGGCCGGGAAGCACGCUGGGAAAGAUUUUGAGGCUGUCUGCACUGGGGGUGAGUUGCCCUAAUCCCUAGGGACCUCAGUCUUCAGAGAAGGAAAAAACUCGAGGUCCAAGAAUUGCAGUCCAGCUCGUACUUGGAACGAGAGUUGAUCCCACCCGCUGUUUCAUCUGUAAGGACAGAUGCCUACUGAAGUUUUGUGAGGUCAUUAUAUGGCACAUAGCACCCUUGCCUCUUAAAGGAAGACAAAUAAGGAACUGACGUGGUAGCGUACUCUCCGGUAGAUGUCCAAGGCCUGUUUGUACAUGGACCUCCAGGAGGAAGUCAGUUCUGCAUCGGCUCACAGUAUGAACUCGUUAUCAAGGCUUCAUUUACCCUAUCCUGAAAGUACCUCUGUUGUGUUCAUUUUCGAGUGAACCGAUCUUGGGAAAAACUGCACAUCUUCCAUUUCUGAUUCUUCAUCUGGUUUAUGCUAUGUGAUUCCCACCUGGAUGUAUAUCUUCUUUCUGCUCACCUCCUCUACUUAUUAAAAUCACAUUUAACACUUACUAUUAUUUCCUUACCUCUUUACUUUUAAUAUCUUCCAUCAGAGUGUAUUUUGGGAGUUUUUUUUCCAAAGAUUUUUAAGCACUGAGUAUUGA